GAGCAUUUACUGGAUAUGGCACAGAAGAAAGAGGAAGGGACAGACCCGGCCGACGAUCCCAGAAAGUUGAAACCAGGAGAGAUAGACCCUAACCCUGAGUCUAAACCUGCUCGACCUGACCCAAAGGACAUGGACGAGGACGAGCUGGAGAUGUUGAGCGAGGCCAGAGCAAGGCUGGCCAACACACAGGGUAAGAAAGCUAAGAGGAAGGCGCGUGAGAAGCAGCUUGAGGAAGCACGUCGACUGGCUGCACUACAGAAGCGUCGUGAACUACGCGCUGCGGGUAUCAAGACGCGUUUGAAGUACGGGACCCGUCGUAAUCGUCCGAUCGAUUAUAACAACGAGAUUCCGUUCGAGAAGAAACCAUCUCAGGGAUUCUACGAUACUGCGUCGGAGGUUUAUGACAAAAAUGAUCCCGACUUCAAGCGACUGCGAAUGGACCAGAUGGAUCUGAAGAGGAGGGAUGAAGCAGAAAACAAAGAGAGGAACAAGGAUAAGAAAGUGAUGAAACAGAGAAAGGAAAAUGAUAUUCCACAGGAGUUGUUGAAUAACGACGAGCCUGCUAGGAAACGAUCUAAGCUGGUUCUACCUUCUCCUCAGAUCUCGGAUAUAGAGAUGGAACAGAUUGUCAAGCUGGGACGACAUAGUGAGGCAGCCAGGGAUGCCGUUAUUGAUGGAGACUCUAAUAGAGCAUCAGAUACACUACUAUCUGACUACUCCGUCACUCCUGGAGCUGCACUUAGGACUCCCAGGACUCCUAUGGUUCAGGACAAGAUUCUGCAGGAGGCUCAGAACAUCAUGGCUCUGCAGAAUACUGACACUCCUUUGAAGGGAGGACUCAACACUCCCCUUCACAAUGAGGGUGGGGACUUCAGUAGCAUGACCCCCAGCAGGGAAAUCGUAGCCACGCCCAACACCGUCCUGACCACGCCCUACAGGACCCGAGACGGGCAGGUGGGCCUGACCCCUGGCCAAACCCCUGGAAGAACACCAGGUGCCACACCCACACCUGGAGCCACGCCCAUCAGAGACAAGCUUGCAAUUAAUCCUGACGAAUCUGUUGAAGGGUUUGAUGGCGGGAAUCUGUCCAGAAGAGAGAACACUGCUGAGCUGAAGAUGGGAUUGAGCUCCCUCCCAACUCCGAAGAACGACUACGAGAUUGUGGUGCCUGAGGAUGGUGAUGAUGCUGUUGAGAUGCAGGACGAUGACAACACGUAUAUAGAAGAUCAGAGUGAUGUUGACAAGCGCGCAGCAGAGAUUGCACGGCUAGCAAGGGAGGCUGCGCUAGCUAAGCGCAGCAGUGCUGUUAAGCGAAACAUGCCGCGUCCACUUGAGAUGAAUCACGCGGUCCUGCGCCCGUUAAACAGCGAUCCACCUCUAACAGAUCUACAGAGAGCGGAGGAGAUGAUCAAGAGGGAGAUGUUGGUAAUGAUGCACUACGAUGCCCUGGAGACACCAGCUCUAAACCAACAGGGGAAUGCAGGAAAGAAAGGUGAACGCGGCAUUGUCGGUGAGGCUGUACAUAGAGGAUAUCUGGACCGGCAUCCAUACAGAGAAUACGAACAGGAGGACCUACAACAAGCAAAGGUACUACUGGAGCGUGAAAUGGAGAUUGUUAAGACAGGAAUGCAACAUGGAGAUCUAUCUCUGGAUGCAUACACACAGGUGUGGGAGGAGUGCUUGGCCCAAGUUCUUUAUCUACCCUCUCAGCAACGAUACACCAGGGCAAACCUGGCGAGCAAGAAGGACAGAAUUGAGUCUCUGGAGAAAAGGUUGGAUACGAAUAGAACUCACAUGACCAAGGAGGCAAAGCGAGCAGCAAAGGUUGAGAAAAAGUUGAAAAUUCUGACCGGAGGCUAUCAAAGCAGAGCUGCAGGUCUCAUCAAACAACUGACAGAUGCCGCGGACCAGCUUGAGCAGAGUAGGCUUGAACUCUCCACCUUUAAACAACUUAAAAUUUCUGAAACUGUUGCUAUCCCCAGACGAUUGGAGACAAUCACAGAGGAUGUGAACCUGCAGAGGACUCGUGAGAGAGAACUGCAGAGUAAAUAUAGAGAUAUGGUAUUCAAGCUGGAAGAGGCAAAACAGGGCAGGCUAGUUACCGAGACUCCCCAAGAAAGGCUAAUGGAAGUGGAAGCAUGAUCCUUAUCAAGACCUUAUAAAUCCAUCAAGAACAAUAUUUCAUUAUUUAAAUAAUGUUUUUUAUGUUUAAACUUAAACAAUUUUCAUGCAAUUAAUAUUCACUUAAGUAGUUUUGUAUUGGUUUUCCUUGCAUUUUCAUUGUUCAUUUUCCUCCACAUUUUUUUUUACAUUAUGCGUAUGAAACGUUCAAUUUGGAUUGAAACUCAUAGAUUAUACUUGAAGUUCAAAAGAUGUACUCUUAACUCUUAAAGCGACUGUUGACGUAAUUUCAUUUGACCCCAAAGUCAAGAUUUUCAUGCUCUAUGUGCAGCGGUAUUCUUUGCACGAUAUAGCUGAAUAAUAAAUCGACAUGUUUUUAUUUCAAACUGUUUUUGAUUCUGUUAAUUUCAAUUACUAAAAUCCGCAAAUCACGAACGCCUUUAAAUCUACCAAUUUUUAAAUAUAAAAAAAUAAGUUACUUGAAAUUUCGUCUACAGUUGCUUUAACCCGUAGAAGCUGGACAUUGCUGGUUGCAUUGCUCUAAUAUGCCUUUGUCCGGUUUGAGGGACAAUGGAAAAAGUUUCAUGAACACUUACUUCCACCACAAUUUCUCAUCUCUGUAAUCUGUGGAUUGAAAAAUCAGUUCUUGCAUUGGGUUCUUUGUGAGUUCUAAUAUGAAGCAAGGCAUAAAAGAAAAUUGUUUUCAGA